AUGGCUUCCACAGAACGGCCGAUCCUCGACAAUCCCUCGAAAUUACAGCAAAACGAGGAUGGAGGAGGAGGAGGAGGAGGAGUAGGAGUAGGAGGAGGAGGGAGGAGCGCAUCGUCCACCCCCACCAUCGCCGCCACCCCCGUCCCGGUCACAGCCACCCCAGCCACCCCGGCCACGGCCACCGCAACAGCCACUAAUGUCAGCUCCCCCACCAGCACGGCGUGGCAGAUGGAGGUGCUCAUGGAGAGGCUAAGGAGCAAGGCCGGAGGAUACAGAUCGCUCGUCGAGUCAGCCAAAGGCAUCAAGCAUGCUAUUAUGAACAAGAGCCACCUCAUGGACCCCAGUGAGCGUGCGGCCUUGGGAUCUUGCCUCGACUCCCUCCAGGGCAACAUUAAAGUCACCUCCCUCUCGGCCAUGGUGGAGCGACUGGAAGCCAUUGCCAAGCAGCUGGGGCUCAAAUUCACAGCUGGGACCACGGGCUCAGAGGUAUUCGUCUCUUGCGACAUGUUCUACGUGGAGGUGCUAUUAGACACAGACGGAAGAGUGCGUGACGUGAAGGUCGAGCUAGCGGGGGACCAGAAUGCGCGCGAGGGACAGUCGUCUCCGGAGCUGAUGGAGUGUUUGAGCAGCGGAGAUUUUGUCGACUUCACAGCACACCUCGAGGGCUUCUCAUCGAUAUACCAGUUAAAUGCCGACAAGAAAAUCAAAAGCAAGGCAUUCCAAGCCCUACAGGCCUUGGAGACAGAUCUGACGAAACUUUUUGAGUUGGCGCAGGAGACUCUCACAGACCCCUACAAGUUGGUCCUUAAAUCCCCUGUCGGCCUCUUGCAAAGGAGAAGAGGAGGUCAUGCCAUGCGCCUAGUGUAUUUCGUCUCCCCCUAUGAGCUGCUGGAUGUUCAGGCUGGCCGCUCCAUCACCCUCACCACAGAGACCCCAUCGUCGCGGGACCUCUCACACUAUGUCACAGUCAACAUUGACGCAUCUAACUCCCACAAACUCCAGACCACCACACUCAUGAUCAUCACAAAACAGCCCAAUGGCAAGAAGCUGCCAUCCUUCUCGGGGCUGACCAACGACAACAGCAUGACGCUACCUGCCUGCUUUUCACUCAAACUCCGCAAGCCCAUGCCCGUGUCUCUGGCCUUGAUCCAGCGCAUUAACGAGGUGACCUGCCUGGACUGCGUGGAUCUGUCCAACCAGCAGUCGCUCAUCUCCCUCAUCGUCCAGCAGGCCACAGACGGGCAGUUUGAGUACAACAGCAACAGGGGCUUGUUCGUGACCUUGCCAGACCAGCAGCACUGCUACUUCAUGACGAGCUCCGGUGAGCUGCCAGGGGUGAUGGUAAGCUCCAUCCCGUUCACACACCCUACGCACAUCACCAACAUCCUCAUGUGCCUCAGAGCACAGGCGGCGUUCAAUGCCCUUAUCUCAUCGUGUGUGAGACCGGCCAGUAAGCAAGACCCAGACUCAGCAUACAUGUUCGAAGUGACGGCCGCAAGCCACGAAUACAUUUCCGUCACAUUCGAGCAUCCACAGGAGGAAAGCACAGCCACAGCAGAAAUUGAUCUAACAGACCUCUGCAAUGCGCGCUGUCGCUUGCACACCCUGACCCCUGACCCAGGUUUCUGCUCCGAGGAGUAUGCCACAAAGGUGUUGCAGAGGUGUUUAUCCAUCCCGGUUACGAUGCGUGCUGUGAUGAAGAAGGUGGCCAAAGAGGAGCGGAAGGAUGCGGUGACAGGAGGCGACUCAGCUGUGAUGAUGGGAGGCGGGAAGCUCAACUCCGACCUCAACCAGAAUACCAAGUUCUUGUUGAAUGAGUAUGAUAAGUUGGGCAUGCGGAGGGACCAGCUGAUGGCGCCGCAUGUCAACAACUUGAACAACGUGGUGGCCAAUACUGCCCCAGGACAUGGCUACUACAACGGGCCGUUCCCCUCGUCCAACCAUCAUUCGGGAGGGGGCGAUGCCAGCACCAACCCCUUGGCCGCUCUGGGGAAUGCCGUGCAGGAGGCAGGCACUCCCCUGGGAUAUGGGGCUCUGCUGGGUGCUGUCGGCCACAAACCCAACCUCAACCAGCCUUUUUUAGGUGAUGCUAAACCGGCAAAAGUCCGGAAGAAAAAACCGGGGCUGGACCUGGACCGCAAGAGCCCCAAGUAUGGGGACGACGUGGUCAUAGACCUGGAUGAGAGAAGCUCAGACUCUUAUCUGGGGGAGGGCGUGCCAGCCAUCGUGGACAACAUGAAGCGCAGGGAUGUCAAAAUGGAGAAGUUACAGACCAUCUUCAACAAGAGGAGGUCAUCCAGCGACAGUGGUACCACAGAUAUCGCCACCACAGACCUUGCCGCCCUGAGAGAGCAGGUAUAUGGGGCUGCUAAUGCUGCCAACUUUGCCAAGAUCAACUCCUACUCCCACAAAGACAGCAAAGACAUCAAGAAAGUGAAGAAGCCCCGGACAGAUGGGCCUGACUCCCGCAAGUCGCCAAUUGUGCUGGACUUGACAGAGACAGAAAGCUCCAGCAAGAAGUCUGGCAGUGGUAGUGGCAGCAGCAGCAGCCAUAGCUCUUCCUCCUUGAGUGCGGCACUGCUGAAACGGCCUGGCAUCGAGAUUAUCCCCAUCCCAGGCAGCACCACACCCAUCUCGAUCCCUUCCUCCAUAACCGUCACACCUGUCAUUAAGUCGGCUGAUGACAAGAACAAGGACAAGAAGGACCGGCGUGACAAGAAGGACCUGGACCGGAAGGACAAGAAGAGGAAGCGAGAUGACUCACCCAGCAGCAACAGCUCAAGCAGCAGCAGUAGUAGCAGUAGCAAGCCCUCAAAGGUGCAGAUUAUCAGCAGCAACCUCAAGCACUCCCCUAUAUCAUCGCUGGAGAAAUUCAAGAGUGAGAGUGGCAGCAAGUCGGGGCUCACGGGCAUCACAGUCAAGCCCAGCACCCCUCCCUACCAGUCCCCCUCCAAGAAGCCCUCUCUGUCGCCUGGCAUGACCAAAUCCAUGAUCCACAACAAAUUGUCGGUGAGUCCCACCCACAAGCCAAACAAGGUCAUCUACAGCCCCAACCAGAGUAGCAGCAGCCACUCUUCCUCGCCCAAGGGGAGGAGUAGCCCUAAGCCCUCCACAGGGAGCCCCAAGCACCCCAGCAUGUCCCCCAAACAUACCAGCCUUGGGAAGCCCAGCAUGACUCAGCUGAAGUCUGCCUCCCCGACCUUUUCCAAGCCAUCCCUCUCCCCCAAACUCAGCAAGAGCAAGGACAAGGAGAGAAGCUCCAGCUCCAGCCCCUCUCGGCCCCUGCCCUCCAGUUCCUCCUCCUCCUCUUCCUCCAUGUCCUCCUCAUCGUCCUCCAGCUCCUCCUCCUCCCUUUCCAAGCCAAAGGUGUCAUCCAGUUCAUCCUCAAGCGGAACAGAGAAGUUAAAAAGCAGCUUAAGUGAUGCUCUGACAAUCACAAAGGUGUCCACAGGUGAGUCAUCCUCAUCCUCUUCAUUAGCCACAUCCUUCCUUGCAAACUCACAGUCCAACACAUCAUCAACGUCGAUGGACGAGAAAGCCCCAUCAUUCCCAGUGGACAAGGCCAAGGCAUCCCCGCCUAAGAAUCGGAAGGGAUCCAGCUUGUCAGACAUUGUGGAUAAGCUGAGAGCAGGUGUGGGAGGCACUGCCGAUGCUGUCACUAUUAUUGAGAAGAAUGAGAAGGAUGAUAAAGACUCGUCCAAGACAGGAGCAGGUGAAGGCAAGAAGACAGGAGACAAGAAAGAGGAGUUCACGGUCAAGCCCUCAACGGGAUUGAAGCUCACUAUCAACAAGGCCAAGAUGAAGGAAGGCAACCUCUCUAAAUCCUCCUCCUCCUCCUCGCCCAAUGCUAAGCCUUCGCUCUCAAAGUCUCCAUCAGGCUUGAAGCCAGGAGUCAUAAGUGGGCCGGCUUCCAAAAAGUCCAUUUCGAGCCUUCCCCCCAUUCCCAAGUUGCCUCCAUCUUCUGUGUCAAAUGUAACAGCAACGGCAGUUUCUCCACUUGGCACAACGUUACCAGGGGUCCACUCGAGCCCUCUGCAGUACCAGAGAGAACGGGUGAAGGACAAGGAUAGGGAAAAGGACCGUUCAAGUUCUGGUGAAAGGCCCAGACCUAAAGAAACUUCCCCAGCCAAAUCGCUGAACAACAGCUCAUCGGAUGGCAAGAAAGAUAGCCCCUCUAAUAAGACUUCCCUUACUAAACCGGUGUCUAAAGAUGAUCAUAGUGUGUCACAAGUAUCAAGUCAUAGAAAAUUGGAGUCAUCAGAGAGCAUAGACAAAUUAAGCAAGUCGGUAUUUCAAAAUGAAUCGGGAGACAAAAUUGAGAAGUCUAGCACCACUAAGGCAGAAGCUGAUUCUACCCAUAGCACAAGUGCAGACUCUUCAGUUUCGAACAAGUUGUCUGAUAGUUUUUCUGAGAAAGGAGGUGUGGGCCAUCACAAUAGCUUAGCAAGUUCCAAUAAACUCUCCACACCAGUGUCUAGUUUAAGUUCCGGCACCCAGGCUGCUCCCUCGUCAUCAAGUGAUAUGAUCCGGCAGCGUGAUGUGUUCCAGCAGCCCCAGUUCAAGCCCAGCAAGGAGGCAAAGGAGGAUACCAAGCCCAAGUCAGACAUUCCCCUGCCACUGCCAAGACCAUCUGUGAGUUCAAGCAGUAGUGGGGCCAUGACAACUUCAGAUCACCUUCCCUCAGACCCAGUGCCAUCCCUGACACCCACCUCCUCUUCUGCCAGCCUCAACUCCAGCAUCCCUCCCCCACGCCAGCCACCACCCCCACAUUCUGCCUCUAACAAGGCUGCGGAUGGCAUCGACCACAGCACUGGCUCAAGUCUGGACCUCCAUGACAAGUCCAAGUCAAGUGAGAGCCUUGUCUCGAGCAUGCCAGGCCCCCCUCCCUCGAGCCACGCCAUGAGCCAGCCUCCUCCCCCAAAAACAACAACCCCGACCGUAGGCUACCCCCCCUCCUCACCUUCCAUGUCCUUCAAGAUUGUGAAGUCCCCAGCACCAGUUGCCUCCCCAUUAAACAUGAUCUCGCCUCAUCCCGUGGCGUCCCCUCUGAACAUGAUCUCGCCCCACUCAGUAGCCUCGUCACCCUCUUCAUGCAUUAUAGACGACGACCUCAUGGACGAGGCGCUAAUGGGCACGCGCAAAUAGCGUCAACUUCUGUGUCAUUUUUUAUCAUGGUAUUGUAUGGAGUACGUUCACCAGUAUUUUAUUUAUUUGCCGAUUGUCUUUUUAAGGAGUGGUUAAGGACUGAUGUACAAAAUAUAGCAUAAUGACUAUGCACAAACAGAGUGAUGUGUGCCGUAUGCUGCGCCUUGAGUGGUGAUAGAAGAGCAGCUAUCGUCAUGUGUCCCAACGCAGAGCUCUCUAACCCAGAGUGGACAAGAGAACCAGUGAGGUUAGAGGCCUGAAUUUAAAAAGAAACUUUAAUGUCGAGUGUGUAUCCACCUUCAAAGUACAUAAAGUGGAGAGUGUAAUUAUGAACACAAGCAUGAAUCCUGACUAUCUAUGCCUCCUUUUCAUUUUUUAUUAUAACUAUCAAUUUCUUUUUUUUUUCUAAUUCUUUCCCAUGAAAAAGGAAAUUGGAACUCAUGCUUGACAGAUGCUCAUGGAAAAGUAUUCUUGCUUUCCUGAUUCUCAUUUUUUUUCUUUCUUUCUUUCUCUCUCUCUCUCCUCUCUCUCAUCUCGUUCUCUUUCCUUUUUUCUUAAGAUUACAUUCCCUGAAGAAAAUUUACAGGUUUUUCUAUUGUAUAGAAAUGAGAUUAGUCUUGUAGAGUGAAUAUCAGUUUCAGUGUUAUUAAAUGUUUAAUAUCAAAGA